UAGUGUUUCCGGUACGGAUCGCGUAGGGACAGCCUUCCGCCUGCUGGCCGUGCUACAAGUUGACGUGUCGUAAAGAGUUUGCUAGCGAACCGGAGUGAACAUCUGAUUACAAGUAGUUUAUAUAAGUUAAUACCUUAACAAUGGCGGCUGACUGGGAAGAAAUUCGACGACUUGCAGCGGAUUUCCAAAGGGCACAGUUUGCCGAUACUGUGCAAAGGUUAUCCGAGAGGGAUUGUGUCGAAAUUAUUGCCAGACUGAUUCAAGACAAGAAACUUGAUGUGGUGCACACACUUGAUGGAAAGGAGUAUGUCACCCCAGCACAGAUCAACCGAGAAAUCAGAGAUGAACUUCACGUUCAUGGAGGGCGAAUCAACAUUGUGGAACUCCAGCAGAUUGUCAAUGUGGAUUGGGUCCAUGUUGAAAAUAAAGCGAAUGAUAUUGCAAGAACUGAUAAAAAUAUUCAGCUUGUGCUGGGACAACUUAUCGACAACACCUACCUGAACCAUUUAGCGGAAGAAACAAAUGACAGACUACAGGAAACUGGUUUGAUCAGCAUUGCAGAGCUUUGUAAAAGCUAUGAUCUUCCUGGGGACUUCUUAACUGAGGAGCUUACAAAGCGUCUUGGGAGAGUGAUCCAGGGAGAAAUGGAUCAGUCCAAUCAAGGGGUCAUAUUUACUCCUGCCUUUGUUGCUCGCCACAAGGCCAAAAUAAGAGGUCUAUUCAGUGCCAUCACACGGCCAACACAAGUGAGUGGCAUGAUUGGUGCAUUUGGACUACAGGAGCACUUACUAUAUUCUGUUGUAGAAGAACUAGUGAAUACCGGGCGCCUUAAAGGAACAAUUGUUGGAGGGCGUCGGGACAAAGCUGUAUACAUCCCCAAUAUCUACUCCAAAACACAAAACACUUGGGUUGAUUCUUUCUUCCAACAGAAUGGAUAUUUAGAAUUUGAUGCAUUGGUCAGGCUGGGCAUCCCAGACCCCAACAGUUACAUUAAGAAGCGCUUCAAAUCCAGUAAGCUGCUUUUCCUCAGAGCAGCCUGUGUGGGCCAGGGACUGGUUGACCAGGUAGAAGCCUCUAUAGAGGAAGCUGUAAACUCUGGCACAUGGACUGACAUACAGCCAAUUUUGCCAAGCUGCCUGUCUAUGGAGGACAUUGGGAUGUUGAUCAACCAGGCCAUGAGGAACACAAAUGUGCACUCCACGUGUACAGUAUUGGGAGACACAAUUGUAGUUACUGAAAAAUUCAUCAGUGAAUGCCUUGGUCUAUUUGACGACGCCAUACAUAAGAAAGCUCAGAAGGAGGUCAAGAGCAAUCCAGUGUUGCUGAUCACGGAAGAGGAUCUGAAGCAAGCAUCUGUGGUAACUGAAAAUGUAGGGCUGUCAAAAAAAGAAAAGAAAGAAGUAGAGCGCAGGAAAAAAAAUGCAGAGGGCAGUGGCACUGUAAAAUCAAGUGGAGGAGGCAAUGCCAGAGAAUUCCGAACUCGUAAAACAAAGAAGAAGGGAAGAAAAGAUGACGACAGCGAUGAAGAAACCAGACCUUUGCAGAAAAAUCUUAGUAAAAAGCAACAAGCCUCGUUAAUGACCCAGGAAGAAAUACUAGCUGUGUUAGAAGAGCGGGUGACUGACUGUCCACAAGAAAUCUGUUCUGAGCUGGCAGAGCUUUUAGUACGGCCAUUGAAUAAAGCCUACCAGGAGGUGCUACAGAGUUUGUUCAUGUCUAGCUCCAGCUUAAUUUCAGGGGGCAACAAAAAGUCUGUUAAGGAUCUGCAGGAGGAAAUAACCAACCUGUACAACAACAUCAGACUUUUUGAAAAAGGCGCACUUUUUUUCUCAGAGGAAUCCCAGGUCCCCAUUGCCAAGCAUGUCUUAAAAACAAUAUGUACAGACAUUACCAACAUUCUGGUCAACUUCCUUGCCGCUGACUUGAUGAUGUCAGUUGAGAACCCUUGCACCAUAACCAAUGAGGUAAGAGUAAAAAUGUUGGGCAAACUGCCGGAUGAGCUCAGAGUACCCCUGAUGACGCUGCACAACUGUCUUAAUGGCAAAACAAUCGACGAAUUUCUGAAAAAUCUCGAGAUCUCUGCAGAAGUGUGUGGCUUCAUGCUAAAGAAGGCGGACAAGAAAAAGGAAAGACAAGCCAUACUACUGCAUCGCCAGACUCUGAUUCAGCAGUUGAUGGAGACCGAGGACCCUGCUCUGGUCCUCCAUCUCACCAGUGUGCUGUUGUUUCAGGACAGCACUCAUUGCAUCCUACACGCUCCGGGACGCUGUGUACCAAAUAUUAUUGGCACCCUCACAGGCCGGAUACCCGUGGACAAUCACCAGCUACUUAGUCUCUAUCAGAGCCUGGUGGUGAAACAAUUGACGAGCCAGAGUCAAAGAAGGAAGCAGCAGGAGGAGGCAGAGGAGUCAGAUGAGGAGACACAAAGGAUCGUAACGCAGUUCAAGCAUUUGACGCCUCAACUCAAGGAGCUGGUGCUAACCCAGCAGAAGGCACCUGUGAGUGAGGAGUGAUCCCUUUCACAACAAAUAAUAGAAUAUACAGUAUGAGCCUGAUUUACUAAAGGUUUGCGUGUACUAAGACAUGUGCAAACCUGAUAGCACGCGCAAAGCUGAUCUACUAAACGUGUGCAAAGUGGAUUGCAUGUGUUAAGUGAGCAGAAUAAGGCUUGCCAUCCAUUUUGCGUCUCUGUCUUCAUUACUAUGCUGAUCAUCAAACGCCCACAAUACAGGGAGAAGAAAAUGCAAAUAUAAUUAUUUAGCACGCGCAAUGUGAUUUAUCAACACCCAUCACUGUUUUGCGAGCACUAUUUAGCGUUUUAUACGUGUGAGAAGGAUGUGCAAACUGACACAGUUUCACACACGGCUGCAGGAUCAAAUGAUAAAUGCAGCAAUGUACAAAAUAAAUUUAGACAUUGUCUAUUCAGCAAUUUCCUUUUAUAAUUUUAGAGCUGCUGGAUGACUUGUGGGGCUGAUUACAAUUAAUUCAAUUUAUAUUUUGGUGUCUGCUGGCAUUUUUUUUUUUUUUUAAAUGUCAUUAGGUUUUUUUAAUUUAGGAAGUAUGUUACUAUAAUAUAUCUCCUACAUGUAAAAAACGUCUUUCAUUGUGUAUUUUUUGCGGUCGAGUCAUUCCAGUCGCACGAAUGCGCUGAUGAUGGAAUCCACAGCCUCAAUCACAGAAUUAAAGUGUCAUUGUGCUGAUUGUUUGUUGUCUAGAUUGUGAUUCAGAAAAAUUGUUACAGAUUGUUGAUGUGUGCUACCGGUUCAACACAUCGCACACAUGUAGCAUGAUAACAUGAAUGUGGAGAAAAUGAUUGUCUCUUUGAUAACAGCCCCGCAUGCACGCUGAAUCUUCAUUUGAAUAAGGCGUCUGCACCACGUUUAAAUUGCACACGCAGUCUUAGUAGAUCACACUCAUGGUACAUGAUAUUUUAAUUUUUUGCACACGCUGUUUAGCGCGUUGUAUUUGGAUCUUAGUAAAUCAGGCCUUAUGUGUAUGUAUGUAUGUACUAGUGAUGUCAAACAAUUGAAAUAUUUCAUUGUGAUUAUGACAUUUUGACCACAGCUAACUCAUAAUUAAUGGUGAUAAUCGCAUUCUUUUUUAUGUACUUUUUGUCACCAGACAGAUUUUAGGUUGUUUAUUACUCUCAUCAAGGGACUGGACAAUUAUUUUGAUGUCUGCAUAUGUUUGUUUAUUAGACAUUGUGCUUUUUUACACAGCUCAACCCAACACGAACACACUCUUUUACACGCGUGCACACACACACACACAGUUUAGUACCUGUGAAGUGUGUGUGCACACCUGUAAGGAGCGGUGCGGUGUAGUGUGAUGUGAGUGGGAGCUGGGCAAGUUGAGCUGGGUUAGCGUGAGUUAGCAAACUAAAAGUGUUGAGCAGCUCCGAUUGUGUAAUUGUUCUCACUGAGUGUAAUUGCUAAUAAAGUGUCUGAGUGCAUUUGUGACUGUC